AGAUAGGGAGAGGGAGGGAGAGCGAGAGAGAGAGACAGAGGGAGGGAGAGAGGCAGAGAGAGACUACUUGUACUCUAUCUCCAUCUAGUGGUGAGCAACGUGUCCCACUGCAAAUGGUGAUCCUGGAUCUCCACAGAUCCCUCUACUCACCGUCCAAAUCCCCUGAAUCCCACAGCUUCAGAUGAACAUGCUAACGUUCUGCUGCACCAUCGUCUCACGGGCCAGCACACGCACAUACAUGCACGUACAAAUCCUGUGAAAGCAAUGGUCGCCGUACCAAUCUACAAUCCAUUGAUUUAGUCUUGUUUCUGACCAGAGGAGACGUCAAGGCAGUGAGCAGGUUGGACGGCCACAGGGCCCUGUUGCCGAAAGGCUGUUUAUCUGCAGCAUACUGUGAGCAGGCAGGUGGGGUGAGUGAGAGACUGCAGGUCUCAUCUUUCAGUCUGGGUUUCCUCGAGACUUCGGGGAACUGGAGAGUGUGUUUCUGUGUGUGUGUACGUGUGUGCGUGCGUACGUGUGUGCGCGAGGGUGGCAGUGCGUCAGUUAAGCCGAGACACGGAAGCGACCGCAUCUAUGCUCGCAGAGGGGAACCGCUCCAGCCUCUCAUUCCAGCCUGACCCAUUACUGACAAGUCAACAAACAAGCCUCGACACCACCACACCCGGUUCCCCCUCCAAACCUACCGGCCUUCACCAGGACCCAGCCUUCCCCCGGACCCGGACCCAGCCCCAGCCCCUCUCCGCCCAGACGCCCCGAUCCAGACCCAUGAGAUGCAGUCUCUGGCCCAGGAGAUCCAGAGCUUCUCCAAGGCCAAGCUGAGGAAGCAGUGCACCCGCGUGACCUCGCUGAGCGGACGCAGGAUCAUCGAGACGUGGAAGGGCUCCACGGUCCACGUGGUGGAGGACCUGGCCCAGCCCGAGACCCCCUGCGGAUACGUACCGGACCACAGCUGGGACCUGCAGGUGGGCUUGGUCAAACCAUGCCUGCUUCUGGGUUCACAAGACGCUGCUAAUGAUUUCAGCACUUUGAGGAAACACAAGGUGUCCCACAUCCUGAACGUGGCGUACGGCGUGGAGAACGCCUUCCCCGACCUCUUCAUCUACAAGAGCGUGAGGAUCCUGGACCAGCCGGACACCGACAUCACGUCCUACCUCCAGGAGUGCUCCCAGUUCAUAGACCAGGCCCACUCAGAGAAAGGCGUGGUUCUGGUCCACUGUAACGCUGGAAUCUCGCGGGCGGCCUCCAUCGUCAUUGGCUACCUGAUGUUAAAGGAGGGUCAGCCAUUCGACCAGGCCUUCUCUGCAGUGAAGUCUGCGCGCCCCACCACCUGCCCCAACCCCAGCUUCCUGGAGCAGCUUCGGGGCUUCAGCCCCACAGCGGUCAAGGGUCAGGUCAACGGCACCAACCACGUCUGAGGAGGGAGAACGUGCGUGGGGCUAGAUUCAGAUACAACAGCCAAAACUGAGCUGUCCCCUUCCAAAAAACGCAAUGAUUGUUUUGAAGCGGCAAAAUCCCCGAUAUGAAGCUUUAAUGGUUUGAUAGUUUGAAUCGAUUAAACACCUUAUUCUGGAACUGGGAGACAUUCUAGAGGUUAACGAUUGUAAAACUGCUAUCAGUCUUAGCUGUUGUAUCUCAAUAUGGCCAAAAAGAUCACGAGCAGUAAGGUCUUAAAGUCCAGAGAGACGUCAGAGAGACCAGUCGGGAUCCACUCUUUGUGGAACAGGAGAGGAAUGUUAUGAUACUGUAUAAUAGAGGACCACACUGUCCAAGAAAAGAAAAAUUGUCCAUAUAACACCAAUACAGACAAUAUAUAUCAAUUUCAAUAACGAUCUACAUACCUAACUACUCAUCUAGCUAUCCAGCCUCUCUAAGCUGUUCCCUAACCAGUGGUUGCAUUUGAGUGUGUGAAGUAUUGAGUAGGAGAGACUAUGGUGAUCCGCUUCUUUAAGUAGGAGAACAUCUUCAUAUUUUACUGUGACUCAUGAGAGAAUUCCUCAUUACCCAACAGAUCAUACAAAUGUUACAGGUAUCCUUCAUGAUUUUGUGGUAUACAUUAAUAGGAGGUAUUAUUUUUUGAUGUUAUCUUUAGAUUGUUUUUUUUUUUUGUAUUGCAAGCCUCUGUCCUGUUCUACUAGAUUUAUUACCGUCUAGAGUUUAACUACUAGUGUUUUUACUGUAAUUGAUGUCUUGAAAUAAAUUGUU